UGGUGAUACAGAAUGUCAAGCAAGCCUCUUAUCGAGCUAAUUUUGUGUUGAUACUGUACGAAUAGACUGCUGUAACACUACUAUUUCUAAGUAUGAACUGAAGUGUUUGUCUGCUUACUUGCUUUGGAUAAAUUAAUGGCAAACAUAGAUGUUGGGAAUGCAGGGGAUCUUCAAUCUCAAAUCGAAGAGGUCGAGGCACUUUCCUCCAUAUACGGUGACGAAUGAUCAUUCUCCCACAUGAUUACCCAAGUGCAGCGCCACCUGUCUACCAAAUAAAUGCAGCGUGGUUGCGAGGCCCUGAUAGAAAGACCCUGUCCAACAGCCUUGAGGAGCUCUAUGUGGAGAAUACUGGGGAAAGCAUCCUCUACCUCUGGGUGGAGAAGAUCCGAGAGUUCCUCCUGGAGAAAUCCCAAAGCACAGACACAGUGGAGCAACCAGAGGUGAGAAAUAUGGCAACAGAGGAGGAGGAAGUGGCGGAUGAUGUAGAAAUGCCUGAUUACCGCACUCUGAAGUUGAACAAAGAGAAUGUACACCUCUUCGAAAAUCACUCAAGUGAUGAGGAACUACCUCCUAUAAAACUGGGGGAGACGAUAACAGAAAGACGCAGCACCUUCCAACCACACUUAGCCCCUGUGGUAACACCUAGACAGGUUAGAAUGGUUCUUGACAAGCUGUUUGAAAACAAGAAGAUUGCAAGCGCCACUCACAAUAUUUAUGCAUACAGGAUAUACUGUGAAGAAAAGCAGAGUUUCCUGCAGGACUGUGAGGAUGAUGGAGAGACCGCAGCGGGAGGACGAUUGCUUCACUUACUACAGAUCCUGGAUGUGCGGAAUGUGCUGGUGGUUGUGUCUCGCUGGUAUGGAGGGAUUCUGCUGGGUCCAGACCGUUUCAAACACAUCAACAACUCUGCCAGAAACAUCCUGGUCCAGGAGGGAUACACAUCCUCUGCGGAUGAGGCAUCCAAAGCUGGAGGGAAGAACAAAAAGUCAAAAAGCAAGAAGACAAAGUAAAAGUGAUAUCCUCAAUGCUAGUCAUUGGCAAUGCUCUCUGUAAUAUUGUUGAAAGGUUUACAGAAAGGAACAGACAUUUCUGACCUCUAUGAGGACUUCAAUCUCAAAAAAAGUUUUGUUGUGCCUUAAACUGAAAAUGGGAAUUUCAUGGCAACUAUGUAAUGUUAGUGUCGAACAUUCAGGCUUAAAGGAAAGUAAGCCCAUCUCCUCAUAACCAUCAUGAAAACUGAUUAUGUGAGUAAUUUCUUUUAAUAAAAAAAGGGCUGCAUACAUGACUAGGAAAAUGCAUUAAUUUGUUGUAAAUCUGAUUUUCCUUCUCAGAGCAUAGCUGUAAUUUUCAGGAAUGUCUGAAAUUAUAACCAAAAUGUCUUAAUUUCCAAAAAGUCUCUUUCUCUCUCCCCUUCCCUUCUGUCACGCCUGUAUUUAGAUGCUUUGAUAUUUGAGUUCCGCUGUGGUUGAAUCCCCACAACUUCUGUCAUCCAAGUACUGUUGAAUCAGUCAGAGUUCAAUGGACACUUCAUCUGGGUUUCACAGACAAUAAAAUCGAAUUUCCAAAUUCCCUGUACAUCAUGCUGAAA